AUGCCCCGAUCAACAUUCGCAAAAAAAUUUGGAUCAAAAACAAGACUGUGGAUAGAGUAUGAGAGACUCAAGUCUCACUUGAUGAGAACCGAGAGCCCGCUAGUUUUUGCUCACAAUGAUUUGCUUCUACGAAACGUGAUCUACUACAACUGUCAAGGAAUUGUCUCAUUUAUUGACUAUGAGUAUGCCGCUUAUAACUAUCAAGCAUACGACAUCGCGAAUCAUUUUAACGAGUUUGUUGGAUUAUCUAUUGACGAUAUUGAUUAUGCGAUAUAUCCGAGUGAAGAGUUUCAGAAAUCAUGGAUCCGCACUUACCUUAUGGAGUAUCUGACCGUGACCAAUCUAUACGAACAUGUGCAGCACUUAUCUCUCGCUUCUCAUUUUUUGUGGGGGAUUUGGUCGAUAGUGCAGUAUGAGUUAUCCGACAUUGAUUUUUAUUUUGGCAGGUAUGCAGAAAUUCGUCUUGGCAAAUAUUUUGAACUGAAAAAUAAUGUUUUCCGAGAUUUCUAA